UAUUAAAAAGUGAAAGAGGAAAAAAAAGAAAACCCUAAUUAUUUUUAUAAUAAAACAAAAAGAGGGAGAAUAAAAAGGGCAAAACACACCAUGAAAAACCCUUCACUAGCUAGCAAAUUAGCUUUCUUAUUCUCUCUUUUCUUUUCUAUCUUUGCUUUCUAUACAAUUCUUUCUAUCUUUCUUUCUCAAAAAUCCUCUCUAUUUGGUGGUGUUAUCUAAUCUUCUCAUAUACUUUGAUUCUCCACCAUAUCCCCAAAGAACCCACCUUCCUCUUCUUACUAUCAACCUUUUAUAAAAGAAAGAACCCAAAAAAAAAAAAAAAAUUAAAAGAAAGAAUUAAAGAUAUCAAAAGAAAAAUACCUAAAUAAAGGAGAAACAAUGGUUUUCUCUUCAGUUCCACUCUAUUUAGAUCCUCCCAAUUGGCAACAGCACCCUAAUCAUCAACAAGUUCUCCAAGGGAGUGGUGGUGGUGGUGGUGGCGGAAAUGAUCAUCAUCAUAAUCAACACCUUAUUCCACCGCCAACGUUACCACAACCACCUCAAUCUCAGGUGGGUAUGGGUGGUGGCGGUGGAGGACCGGGGGCACAACCUAUUCGGCCUAACUCGAUGGCGGAGAGAGCUCGUUUAGCUAAGAUCCCCCCACCAGAGGCUCCACUUAAGUGCCCCAGGUGUGAAUCUACAAACACCAAAUUCUGCUACUUCAAUAACUAUAGCCUCACACAACCCCGCCAUUUUUGCAAGACUUGUAGGAGAUAUUGGACUAGAGGUGGGGCCCUUAGGAAUGUUCCUGUUGGUGGAGGAUGCCGGAGGAACAAAAGAUCCUCCAGCAAAUCCUCUAGUGGUGGUGGUGGUGGUGGUUCUUCGUCGAAAUCCUCUCUUUCCUCUCCAACCGCGAUGGUUGGAGGGGAAAGAAUACCUCUACACAUGGACUUAGUUAGUUCAAGUGGUAUAGGCCAUAUGACUUCAGCCGGUGGUGGGACCGGGAUGUCAUCUUUCAUGGCAUCUUUACAAAACAUAGCUCAAUUAGGGAUGGGAAAUUUAGGUUUGAGCUUUAGUGGGGGACUAAACGCAUCUCCUCACCACCCUCUAGGAGGGUUUUCGAGUGGCGGUGUUAGUGGUGGUGGUGGUGGAAAUGAGCACCAUCAUCAGUUGGAUUUUCCUCAACUAAACACAAAUUCUAACAAUCAACCUAUGCAAUUCCCUAACUUCUUAGGGGGUUUUGAAAUCCCUAGCUCAUCAGCUGCAGCUGGUUUGUAUAAUAACUCAUCCUUUCAACAUCAUCAUCAUCAACAAAUCGACGAUGAUCAUGAUCAUCAUCAUGAUGAUCAAGUAGAUAAUCUUCAAAAGAGUUGCUCAUCAACAAUGAACUCGCAAUUCGCGCCUGUGAAGAUGGAGGAUAAUGGACAAGGGCUUAAUAUAAGCAAGCAAAUUAUGGCGGCUAUGUCAUCUUCAGAUAACAAUAAUGCACCGGGUAAUCAAUUUUGGGCUAAUACCAUUGGUAACAACAACAACAACAACAACAAUAAUACAGCUACUACUACUAAUAUGUGGACCGAUCUUUCAGGCCUUAAUUCUUCUUCAACUAGUCAUCUAUUAUGAAAAAUGUUACUUUUACAUCAAUCGGUACGUUGUUGAUCUCAAACUUGUUCUAGCUAAUUUGUUUAUGAUCUGACUUAAAAUUCGGUCUUCGGAAGAAGUUACACAAAUGGGUGCCAUUGAUCUAGCCAAGAAUUUUCGAGAUGACCGAUAUAUAUAGGUGAACGUUGAUCAUCAUCCAUCUUCAUCAUGAUAACAAAAACUAGGGUUGAGAUGCAUAUCUUCAUCUCCCUCUCAAUGCCAUGAUGAGAUGAUACUACUAGAAGUUAGUGAUCCAUAUACUCUUUAAGCUCUUUUCAUGUUCUUACUUAUCUUUUUUUCUUCAAUUUCUGGUUGGUUGUACUUGUAUUUUGAUUGUGGGGUGUGUAAGAUUUUUGUAUGAAGUCUUUUUUAAAAAAGAAAUCUUAACUUGCAGUGCUAAUUAUUAAUUAAUUAAAUUAUUCUCUUCUUCCAAA